AUGUCUACAUACAAGACAAAGCGCGAUGCGUUCGCAAGCAACAUGCAUACAGAAAAAAAAUUGAGCAUUGAGGAGUGGCUUGAAAAUGCCUCUACGGCAAAUAUUAAAAAACCCGUGAGCACACCGGGGUUGGCUAUGCCGGAGAAAUGCCUAUUCAGCUUGGAACCCCAGUCUGACAUGGAUAAGGAACUGUGGAGAGACGAAAUUGAGGAUAGUAUCAGAAAGUUGGAAGAAAGAGUCCGGAAAUCUGGACUACAGCAGGAUAUAGUUCAAGAAAAGAUGACCAGCUUGGAAGAGCGGCUCAGCAUGCGAGACUUCAUUCAACAAUAUACUGGACUAAAAGAAAGACUCGCCGUAUAUGAAAGACUACUAGCGAAUGCCGACGAACAAAUAAACACACAGCAAGAGCUCAUUGAACACUUGUUUGAAGCGCAAACCAUGACCUCACAACAAGUUGCUUUUAUUACACAAAAGCUCUCACAACCUAAACAAUUCGUGCAACAGCCACAAAAGGAAAAACCCGAGGGGCAGCAUUCUAAUCCGGGCGGAGUCAACAAAAGUACAGCUGCCUUUGAUUAUGUGCUUGUCUCAGAGGAUGAAGCUACCACCAGUUGA